CAGUAUGACAUGCAGAUGAGUGCCAUCGAUCUUAGAAUAACCGCACACUUCACUCAUUUGGGCAGUCACGGGGCCCACAAACCAGAGUGUGGAGCCACAGUGUGGCGCUACGGAGGUGGACCAGGCAGCAUGAAAAAAAAGCAAUGGGAGGCCAUACAGCACCUAUGACAAAAUGGAACCCACCAGCAGUGUGAGGAGACCUGAAAAGUGGCACAUGGAACAGAGUGUGGCGAUGGAGACAGCAGCAAUGGGAGGCCGUUUACAGGGACCCAUGACACACUCUGGACCUGGCAGCAGCAUGAGAAGGCGGUGGCAGCACAUGGCGAAGCGUAAUGGUUUAAGCAGCUUAAAUUGAAGGCCAUACAGAGGCCUAUGUUAAAAAGUCCCCCCCAGCAGCAGUGUGGGGAGAC